AUGUCAGCUGGGCCUGGACUUGAGUCUCUUGUAGAUCAGACAAUUUCAGUUAUUACAAAUGAUGGACGGAAUAUAGUGGGAGUCCUGAAAGGUUUUGACCAAGCAACAAAUAUAAUUCUUGACGAGUCCCAUGAACGAGUUUAUUCUACAAAGGACACUGUAAAACAAACUAAAGCCUUUCAUUUGGGGUUGCGAAGUCUAUUGCUUGGUUGUCUCCUGAAGCCCCAUUGUGACUUCGCUAAUCCUGUAAUAGGUGGAAUGGAAGGUGUACAACAACUUGUUCUUGGUUUAUACAUCAUCAGGGGUGACAACAUAAGUGUUGUUGGUGAACUGGAUGAAGAUCUGGAUUCUAGUCUGGAUUUAUCAAAACUUAGAGCGCAUCCCUUGAAACCUGUAAUCCAUUGA